GCCAUUACUUUCAAUUCAAUUCUGUUGUCUUUUUUCUUUUCCUUCUCUUUCAUUCCAUCUAUUCUGUUCCUUUGACUUGCAUCAUCGCUUCCGUCUUUAUUAUUUUAUUUUAUUUUAUUUUUAUUUUUAUUUCUCCCCUGAGUUCAUUCUUUUGGUGAUCUUUCAUCUCUUGCAUCAGAACCAGGUGAUUCUCUCGUAAUCGAGCUGUUCUACUACGAUCAUUAGUAUUUGUCCCAUUCAAAAUCUACAAGGAACACAUCAUCGCAAUGGAAGACUCUCGUGGCGGACACCAUUCGUAUAACAGCAGUAGCAGCCAAGGACAUAAUUCAGACCGAUAUCCUAACCAGUCGUCCUCAUCACAGCAGCACUAUCAACAACAACAGCAGCAUUCAACAUCAUCGUAUUCAUCUAGAGAGAAUCGAGGCCACAGUCAGCAACAGCAACAGCAACAGCAACAGCAACAGUUUUCUCGAGAUCCAGAUGCCGGUUCUACGUGGCGAUCGCCUAUUACUCCGACCACGACUAAUCGAUUCAAUAGGAUGGCUAUCCAUGAAGUCAUUGAUAACCACCCACAACAGAAUCUGUAUGGACAUGAAGAAGACUCACCACCCUACAGACGCAGAGGCUCGCACGAUGAGAUGUCCCUCUCUGACCCACCGGCACCACACUCGAGUGUGAGCCAUGGCGGGGCAGGCUCGCAUCCCCAAUCACGAGCCAAAGAUGAUGGUUUACUUAUACCAUUGCAUACACUUUUGGGAAAUCAAUUGAGGUUGUCACAUGUCCAUGUCUAGACGACAACAAUGUGCAUGUACUAUAAUGUUGUUGCAUGAACAUGGGUAUUUAUUUUAUGUAUCCUUAUUACAUAUUGAUCCUUGAUUAACUGCAGC